AUGUUUUCCUUUUCAAAAAUAUCAUCUUUCACUUUAACUUCCAAAGUUUUUAUUAAUUUGGUUUUUUUUCGUCAGCAAUUUCGAAAUUUUCAUUAUUCAACAGUAUAUUAUAAUAUUAUAAAGAAAUAUACUAAAGAGCAUGAAUGGAUUUCUUUUAAUGAUAAUGGAGUUGGGGUAGUUGGUAUAACAAAUUAUGCUCAGAAAGCUUUAGGUGAUGUUGUUUUUGUGGAAUUACCGGAACCUGGGUUAGCAUUUGUUAAAGGAGAUACUAUUGGUGCAGUUGAAAGUGUUAAAUCUGCAAGUGAUAUAUAUGCACCUUUAUCUGGUCAGGUAAUUGAAUCUAAUAAAUCACUGUUGGAAAAUCCAGGUUUGAUUAAUAAAGGUGCUGAGUCUAGUGGAUGGAUAUGUAAAGUAAAAAUAGCUGAUAUUCAAGAAGGUGAUGAUCUUAUGGAUAUUGAUAGUUAUAAAAUGUAUUGUGAUGAAUAA